CGGCUCCUGACACGCUUCGACCUAUAAUCUAGUAGUUCGAAGUGAGUCUCCUGGCUGGCAGCUACGAUGAAUUCCCUGGACAGGUCUAAGAGUCGCUCUAUCCGUCAGAGUUGCACCUUUUGUCGCAAGAAGAAGAUCCGGUGUUCGGGUGAGCUGAUCUGCUCCGCCUGUCAGUCUCGUCAGCUCAACUGCAUCUACACCACACGUGCCCCCAAGGGACGCAACACAAAGCCCCUCGAGAACCAUGCCAGAAAUCAGAAUAAGAAUGUCCUUUCUCUUGGUUCUUCGGUUGAAUUACAAUCCGGUGCCCGCUCGCUAGAGUGGAAGGGGGAUAUCACCACCAAUGCGUCCACUGGUCUAUUGCUAGAUUCGGUGAAUGUGAAUAAUGAUGCUGUGACAAGAACAACUCUGGGUGACCUCCUCGAGUCCCGCUUUCAAAAACAUUACCGCCAUUGUGGUCUUUCUAGCUUGGAAGCCGGACGUGAACUCGGCUUUCCACCAUCAUCCCCCACCGAGGCAAUCAGUUACAAGGACCUCUUCUUCAACAUUACACCAGCCUUGCUAGACAUGGGAUCCGCGAAAAUAGGGCGCUUGCGGACUGAUGAUGGGAGUGAUAGUUUUAUUCCACACUGUUAUCAUUUCCGCAACUGCCUGUCCCAAGACGGUUCAGAAACCAUGUUCCAAGCUGGCUUCCCUGCAAACAACAUCACCCUUCCAAGUGGGAGCAAUCAAACCGCGUGCCAGCUGUUGGAGGUGUGGUUCUCUCAGCAUCCAUUGUCCUUGAUUCUCUCCAAAACGGCCUUCUUGCACGACUUUAACGGGGGUCUCUGCGACCCAGGACUGUUGGCAAUUAUUCUUGCCGAUGUCACCCCUACCCUGCAAUCUAGCGAAUGGGGCCUACCUGAAAGCCUCCGACAAUUCGCCUGCAAACAGGUCCAGAAACGCCCGGCAGAACAGACAUCACUGCCCACGGUCCAGUUGCUAGUGCUCCUAGGAUGGCACCAGAUAUGCACAGGUGAGGUGCGUCGAGGCGCUUGCUACAUAAACGUGGCCCACGAGCUCAUCGGAGGAUGGAACAAAGCUCAAGAACGUCGGCUCGGCACCCAGCGUAUGAAUGGUGUAGACUACGCCUCUGUCGCGCUGGAAUUGGGAUACCGCAUCUUCUGGCUAACAUUUGCGAUCGAACUGUGGGUUGCGUUGCAGCUCGAUUCCCCCUUUGAAUAUCCGACCAGAAUCAAUCCAAGCCUCAAUUUGCCCUCCCCGGAUAUCAAAAACUCGACCGUCUACGAACUUGAUCGAUCUUCCGGCAAUGUUGCUUCCCUAGCAGCCCAGGAGCAGUUCUGGCGUGUGUUUUGGCCCUUGAGUCAUAUCUGCUGCACGGUUGGCCCGAUAUACGCACUUUUGCCGCGCGGCGCCUCAAACCCCCAGGCUUCCUUGACCGAGCCAAGGACAUACUGGGGCGCAGAGACCCUGCGGCGUCUCCAUAGACUAGUCAACAAGCAUCGUAGUGUCUCCGGGCUUUGCCAGACCGUGCGGAGCAUAGUGAGCGAGGAGCUCGAAAGACUACAAGCGGAAAUUGGCACUCACCCAUCCGAGAUCAUCGCGCGCAUUGCAUAUCAGCUGCUCAGUAUCCACGUCCUCUUCCCAAGGGCGCAGUCAGUAGAGCAUGGCAGCACCCGAGAAUCCCUCGAUACCAUGGUCCAAAACACUGCCCAAGCCAUCCUGGCGUUCAUCGACUUACUCCGACUAGUGGAGCAGUCGUUGGAGCCUCCAGAUUUCCUAAACGGUAUCUCGCCAUGCUCUAGUGCUGGUUUGAUCCUAGCCGGGCUCGACGCCUCUUCUCGCGCCCUUCGGGAAACACUCCGCUCGCUUGCCAGCGACCCUGACGCAAAACCUGUCAUAGUACACUGGCAAUCAAAACUAGUCGAGCUGGCCCACCAGCUUCAGACGGUGUGCAAGCAUCCCAGUAUACGAGUCCAUCCUCCGGCGCGCGAUGUCAAGCAGCAAUUGAAGCAAGUCAAGCAACGGCUGGAGCAUUUGUCUGAUUGCUUUCCCCUCGAUGUAGACAUUCCGUUGGACGAUGCUCUAUUUCUCGCUGACGCUGAGUUUGAACCAUUAUCCCUUGAUACAAUGGCCCUACUUGACUUGGAACCUGAUUAUGAUUUUUUCUCUUCCGGUACGAUUACUCCGCAGGGAAUGCUCGGAGAUCCUCUAAGCACGACCCUUGAAUAGAAAAAAAUUCUAAAGACCUACACUGCGUUCAGAGGCAAAACACUUGGGCGUUUCCAGUAUCCAGCUGUUGCUGACCGUCCCUAAUCAUGACGAAUCGUGAUAUCAAUCGCGUGGGAAAGAAUUAGGGGAAGUCCACAGGCAAGGAAGACCUGAGAAAUAGGAGCAGCUUACACUCAAUUCCUGCAAGCCCACCGCAACCGACAAAGAAGCGACCGGUGUCUGGAAAACGGCACAGAAGAGGGGUAAGGCAGAGUAUCGGCCGGCUAUGCAGCGAGCUGAAUGUUGGUUGCGUUGGUUUUGUGGGAAUCCUCUGGUGAUCCUCUUCGCUGGCCACGUCCCCGAGAAAUACGCGCCAGGCCAAGAGCACAGCAGACCCGAAUUUCAGGCUGACAGCAUGGGCUCGGAGGAUUA